AUGAAGGAGAGGGACCGUCCGUUCUACCAAAUCGUCGACGGCCACCGCCUGCCUGGUAUCUUCCGGGAAGACGUUUACCGUAGCGGCCUGCUCUACAAGCCAGUAGAAGGCGACGUCGUUUUGGACACCUUUCCCAAGUCCGGAAGUCACUGGGUGUUAAAAAUUUUGAAGGAAUCUUACCGGCUCUGCAAGGGCAUUACCCCAGGAUCGACUUUUCUGGAGAUGUUUGGUUUGGAAGGUGUUCUGAGAGCAGAUCGUCCAAGGAUUGUUUGCACACAUUUGCCUCUGACUCUUUUACCGUUCGUACCGUCUGUUAAAUAUAUCUACUUAGCAAGAAAUCCGAAGGACUGUUGCGUGUCUUUCUACAACCACACAAAGAUCAUACCAGAGUACGGUUUCCAGGAUGGCACAUUCGACGAGUAUUUUGAAAUCUUCCUGGAUGGCCUUACGGAUUUCGGAAACUAUUACGAUAGCAUUCGAUCGUGGUAUGCUAAGAGAGACGAACCGAAUGUGCUAUUCUUGACAUAUGAGUCACUACACGCUGACAUCCGGGGAUCGGUGAUUAAGCUAGCAGACUUUGUGGACCAAGCUUUGGCUGAUGAGCUUUCACACGAUGACAACAAGAUGCAAACUGUCCUGGAAGAAAUUAACAUAAACAACAUGAAAAAGAAUUUGCCGCUCCAGUUCGUUAGGAAAGGCGUCGUGGGAGAGUGGAAGCACUACUUCUCAGAAGAACAGUCCCGGAAGUUGGAGUCCAGGUUUUUUCUUGAAAUGGAGGAGACGACAGUCCCUGAGAUAUGGGAGAGUGUCGACUGGCUGCUUGCUUCAGCUAAGCAAAAUAUACUUGCUGAAGUUUUACUGAACAAGCUGUCGUAA